UGGCCACAUUUCAGACUGGAGCUGGAGGACCUUGGCACGGUGCUGAUCCAGGGAAGCGCGUUCAUCGUCUUCGGCGCCGUCCUUCUUCCUGCGCUGCUUGUGUUCUGCCUGACCGGCAUGGCCUCCUUUCUCUGGCUGUUUGCCCCGCUCUGGGCGCUGUACGUGGCCGUGCGCCGCCUAUACUAUAGGUACACCUACUCGGCGAUGUCCCCACGGCCUGGAAGACGCAUGCGGCCGUGCCUAACCCCCGCCGCCGAAUUCGCGAAGGCGGCGUUGCUGAAGGCCUUGACGCUUUUUCUGCUUCAGUGGACAGUGCAGAGCAGCUUCUUGUUUGGGUUAAUCCUCCUGCAGGGCGGGGGGUAUCACGAGGCCCUACGCCUCGAGAUCCGACAACAGUUCUGGGGAUGCUAUAGUCCCCUGACGAUGACGGGCUUUCAGUGGCUGUGCUUCGCGAGUCAGCUCUUUUUUUGA